AUGGCGCUUGCGAUCUGUAUAGCAGAAGACUCGUUCGCCGACCGAAAGGGCCCUGGCAUAUACAAGAUUCCAUGGGAUGAGCCAUGUCAACCAUAUAUCUCGAAACCAAGUUCACUAUAUCCUCGGUCGCCUAUAUCCGACUUGGGCUGGCGCUCCCGCGCUUGCAUGCUGCAAUGCAUCUCCAACCCUUCCAGCCCUCACCGACUAUGCACAACACCCGAACAUAAAGCAUGCAGUAAACAGCUGCUUGUGCGGCUUCGAGCUUUGGUCUCAAGCCUACUCGCCUCCCUGCCACCCGCAUACGGGAGCAGCCCACCUCCAACUCCUGAUGCCACCCCUGACCUCACCACUCCUCCACUCGAGCCACUCGCACGCGUCCGCUUGGAGACUGACGCCUGUGCGCCUCUCCACACGACGCGUAGCGCACGUAAGGGUCAGGCAGAAGCCAGCGCUCUGAUAAGCAUGGACUUUAAGGUGGACUUUGGAGAUGCGAGUGGGUUUCAGACGCGAGGUAAGAAAGCCGCUGCGAAAAAGAAGGCACAGGCCUCUUUCUGGGACGAAGAAGACAAUGGCGGCGAGGGCCAAGCGAAUGGAGAGGGAGGAGAUGGUGCAGGUGACGGCAGUGGAGGUGGUGGCGGCGCUGGCGCUGGUGGUGGGGGUGGCGAUGAGAACGGAGGUGGUGGUGCGGGCGACGAAGAUGACUGGGGCUUUUCGAGCUCGAAGAAAGACAAGAAAAAGAAGAAGAAAAAGCAAGAGGAAGAGGAGCAGAAGGCCAAAGAAGAGGCAGACGCUGCUGCGAACACACUCAAUUGGGCUGACGAGACUAACGAUGCGGCAGGAGAUGACGAUUGGACUGCAGGAUUCACGACCGCCAAGGACAAGAAGAAAAAGAAGAAGGGUGCCGAUGUGUUGCCUGCGGUACCAGAACCACCUGCCGCAACAGGAUUUGACGACAUAAAUUUAGAUGAUCCAGCACCGAAAUUGGAGUUCAGCUUUGGUGGUGGCGAGCCCAAGAAGGAUUCGUUCGGCACCUGGGGCAACACCUGGGACUUCAACGGCACAGACGCUAAGGCUGACGCCAAAUCGAAGAAGGACAAGAAGGAAGACAAGAAGGAGGAAACUCCGCUUGGCGACAAUAACCCGUGGUCAUUCGGCAAUUCUGCAGCCAAGAAGAAGAAAGCUGGAUUCGACUUGGGUGACCUAGGCGCCAGCAACAAUGACUUCAACUUCGAUGGCGAUCUGGGCGGUACCAAGUCAACGGACGAUGCUUGGGGUUUCGCUGGGAAGAAAGAUAAGAAGAAGGCAGCAGAAGAGAAAAAGGAGGAUUCUUUUGCUCUCGACUCGAAAACCAACGAAACCUCAACUUGGGAUACAUGGGGUACCGCUGGCAAGAAGGACAAGAAGAAGUCUAGCUUUCUUGACGACACCACUUCUGAGAAGAAGAGCGACUCUCUUGAUCUAGGCGGUGACACAGGAUUCGAUUGGGGUUUUGGAGGCAAAGACAAGUCGAAGAAGAAGAAUCUGAUCAGCGCAUUGGACGAACCUGAGCCGCCCAAGGAAACUGCUAAGGCCGCGGAGGACGAUGACUGGAUGAAAGGCGCUUGGGGAGCGUCCAGCAAAAAGUCAUCCAAGAAGACAACGGCCGCUGCCGUCGACCCUGCACCAGAUCCGCCUCCAGCAAAUACUUCCGACGACAUAUGGGGCUCUUUCGGCAAGUCUUCCAAGAAAACCACGAAGGCCAUCCCGGAGGAAGAUAUUAUUGUCGAGACUGCUGCAACGCCUGAGAUGGAGGAGGAUCUUGAUUGGGCUCUCGGCUUGUCCUCAAAAGACAAGAAGAAGAAGGAGAAGGAGCUUAGAGCUGCUGGGAAUUGGCCGCCAAUGAAAGAGAAGGAACCCGAACCCGAACCAGAGCCACCCGAAAUGGAAGAAGAUCCUGAUUGGGCACUUGGUCUCAGCACAAAAGACAAGAAAAAGAAGGAGAAGGAGCUAAGAGCAGCCGGCGACUGGCCAGUCAUGCGUGUGAAGGUUCCUGCUGAGCCUGAAGCGCCGCCUGAGCCCGAGCCGGAGCCGGAGCCAGAACCAGUAGUAGCGGAGCCCGAGAUGGUUGAAGACCCGGACUGGGACCUUGGUUUGUCUGCGCUGGAGAAGAGGAAGAAAGAGAAAAAGCUUCGUGCCGCUGGUGAAUGGCCACCCAUGAAGCCUGCAGAACCUGCAGCAGAGGCCUUGAGUGCAGAGCCCGCUGCAGAACCAGAGCCAGAAAUGGAAGAAGACCUCGAAUGGGGUCUCGACCUCAGCCCGAAGGACAAGAGAAAGCAAGAGAAGGAGCUCCGAGCAGCAGGGAAAUGGCCGCCUAUGAAGCCCAAAGAAAAGGAGCCCGAGCCCGAAGUAGCGCCUGAGCCUGAGAUGGUCGAGGAUCUGGAUUGGGCAUUCGGCUUGGGACCGAAAGCAAGGAAGCAGAAAGAGAAGGACCUACGCGCCGAGGGCAAUUGGCCUCCAAUGAAGCCAAAGGAGCCAGAGGACAUCCCUGAGCCAGUCCCUGACCCACCAGAGGCACCAGCCGUGGAGAUGGAGGAAGAUCUGGAUUGGGCAUCCGGCUUGGGCCCAAAGGCCAAGAAGCAGAAGGAGAAAGAUCUCCGCGCUGAGGCAACUGGCCGCCCAUGA